AUGAUCCUUGUUGUCAAAUUAGCCCGGCUAAUCAAGUUUCUUCCCAUAGAACUUCGUGACACGGGUGCAGCCCCCAUGUCUGACCAACAAACGUCUACAUAUGUCAACAUCAGAUCUAGGCAAUCAAGCCAGCAACAGGAGAUAGAGACACUUCUUGAAAACUUUUCCAUCAAGCAGGCCAACCCGAAGAUCACUUGCUUUAUGGUAGAACCUUUCGUUCGAAACACAAGCUUUUUCGGCAGAGACGACGUGUUGAGACAGCUUGAUAACUGUUUGCUACCUUCAGCUGACUUAUUGUUGUCAUCUCAGCCCGAUCGAAUCCGCAUUGGGCUAUUGUGUGGCAUGGGUGGCCUCGGUAAGACAGAGACCGCCAUCGAAUAUGUCUAUAGCCAAAGGGACAAAUUUGAUGCCAUCUUUUGGGUCCGAGCCGAAGAUUCGUCCAAGUUGGAGACAGAUAUCGCCCAGAUUGCAGUACGAUUGGGAAUACAGGACCCCAACGAGCCCAACGACAAGAUCAUCAGCAGAGGUCUCGCGCUUGAGUGGCUAUUGGAUCCCUUCAAGGUUGAGUAUACCGCUGACGGUCAAGUCAAAGUCUCGGCUUCGUGGCUGGUAAUUUUUGACAAUGCGGACGGCCCUGACUUGCUGGCUCCUUAUAGGGAUGUCGCCAAUAGCGGCGCUGUCUUGCUAACCAGCAGAAGUCCGUUGGCCAAAAGUGCUUUCUCGGACCGAGCCGUGGAAAUCAGCAUUCAGCCUUUUAAUUCCUCUGAAUCGGCACAAUUCCUACAAAAGGUUACUGGUGUCAACGGGCGCCAUGAUGAGGCAGAAGAGAUCGGGAAAAAGUUGGGUGGCCUUCCGCUGGCGCUUGCCCAAAUGGCAGGGAUUAUCCGACUUGAAUUCCUCACUUACACGGAGUUUCUGACACUGUACGACGACGCUGAAGAAGAGGCGGUAGUUCACGAAACUGUCCUGCAACCACUACGAAGCUCGGCCCGAGGCAAUCUCUCGACAGUUUGGGCGAUAGAAAAUCUCUCGGCUUCGGCUAGGGCAAUCCUAGAGAUAUCGUCGUUCUUGGAUCCAGAUUCUAUGCAAGAGUCGCUCUUCCUGUCACACGCAGCUUCGGUUCCAAUUCCAUCUUUCUUUAAGAAGAAGAUUGCAUUCUUUGCUGCCCGGAAGCAGCUCAUCGGGUCAUCGCUAUUCAGGCACAACCAGGAGCGGGCCGAAUACUGGAUGCAUCGCGUUACACAAGAUGUUGUCCGAGCGAAGAUUGAACCGGAGCGACGAAAGCCGGUAUUUGCCAACACGGUGGCCAUUAUAUCUGCAGCUUGGCCGGCGAGUUCAGUUGGUGGGCAUGCUGUCGAACUGUGGGAACUAUCUGAGAAACUGUACCCGCAUAUUACCAGGCUCCGGGAACUGUACGUGCGGUACUUUGAGCCAGGCGACGAGAGCCUCGACGUUGCUUUUGCUUCGCUGCUCAAUCGCGCUGGAUGGUAUCAGCACGAACGUGGUGAAUCACACAAAAUUCUUCCCAUUCUUGAGAUGGCACUGGAGCUCUGCGUCAACGUCUCUACUCAUGAAACUCGGGACUUGGGAUCCGAUAUCCGGUAUACGCUUGGUGCUAUCUCCAACGAGACCAAUGAUGCAGAGUCAUGCCUUGCGCACACAAAACGGUUCGUUGACAUUCGCCUGGAAAUCGCGAAACAGAGCACAGAAGCAGAUGAGCGGCUUGCACAAUCUUACAACCAGACUGGUGUUGCAUGGAUGAUGGUCAAGGAGUACCAGAAAGCAGAAGAUGCGUUUUUGAUAUCGGCGAAGGGGUACGAAAGGCUUCCUAACUGCACCAAGGAUAUGCGUUCCCUUGGCCCCUCCAGCUUCCUUCACAUCUUCGGGAGCCAUCUUCACACACCGUAA